AUGUUUGAUGAUACUCCAAGGCCUAGCAAGAGAAGACGAGUUGAACCACGGUCUUCGUCGCCUCUUCAGGAGACAACGUCUGAGUCGCGCCCGUCUCUUGCACCUCUUCCUCCAGCUGUUCUCUUGGUGUCGUUGCCAGCCUUAUUAGCACACCCGCCAAACCAUCGCUACUACAUCCAGUCUCUUGUUCUUUCGCUAGCUUCUCUGAGAAAGUGUGUUGCUCUACCCGCGUUAUCCCCAGAGAUAGAAUGUCGCGCCUGGACUGGUCUUGCAGAGAUUGGUAUGAAGGUCAUCGGAGGUGGCUUUAGUCAGAAUGAGCACUAUAUUUGGGCAAAUGGAAUAGAGAUAGAGGUCGAAAAAGCUUUAAACAAAGGGUCUAUCAUCGCGCAGAAACAUCCAUCUCUUCGCGCAUACAUGCACCAUUUGGCGCUGCUACAAGCUCAGUUGUCCCACUGGCAACACAAAUCCAAAUUUUCUCGUAAUCAGAUCCGAAACGUUCUAGCAUCUUUUCUCCCCACGGACCCUCCUCAUAUCGUUUAUUACGCGCAUCUCGCAUAUAUUAACCUCCUAACUGCUCCCAACUCUCCACCCUCAUCUUAUUCCACUUCGCACACUACCACGCCCAACCUGCGCACUCAAAGUCUACAGGAUAUGCACGCAGGCUUGUCUUGCAUCGAACGUCUUGAGGAGCUGUCAAAGAAGAACGAGCACAAACAAGUGACUUUGCUUGCUAGGGUACUACGUCUUCGGGUCCUCAUCGCAGCGGGCAUAUGGGCGGACGUUCCUUCGGCUCUCCAAAGAGCAGAAGAUGCGCUCGGACUGUCCUACGAAACUCAUUCUACGCCGAAGCCGAGCAAAGCCGGAACGGCCCUACAACAGGAAACCACGUUCAUCGCAUUCGACGAUCCAUUCGAGACGUUCAUGGUUGUACAUGUACUGGUUAUGGCGGUGGUGUUUCACACGCACACGGGGAGUGCGGCGGACGCCUCGCCACGACUUUCUCAUCUGCACGCACUUCUGGAUUCAAAUGCCGUAGACAAGUGUCCAACUGGGGCUGCAGAGAUCAUCUUCUCCGAAGGCCCACCGCUCAUCAUCGAGACGACACAUCCACGCGUCCUUUUUCUUCUAGCUUUCCUCGUCAGUGCUGUAGCUAAACGAGACGCAGUAGGUCGGAAACCAAAGCGAAAGGUAUUCGCUACAGAAGGCCUUGCAACAUGGGAAACGGAGUUUCCGCGCGACAUCUCAUUUGCGCUAUGGGCGGGGAGAGACGACGUCGAAGAAGUCGAGCAGCGUCUUGCGAGAAUCAAGGCUGACCUAUUAUGCGAACUCAUCGCCGUCUCUAUCAUGCGCAGCGAGUUCGAUGUUGCCGAACAGAAUUUGGGUAUCUUGAUUGCUCAUACGCGUACAUAUGGUCUUUUUGGGCUUUUUGCAGCGCGCAUUUCUCUGCAUCACGGGCACCUUGCCCACGCACUUGGGCAGAGCGAGCGCGCGCUUGACUGCUAUCGAGUCGCCGCACACCGUGCUGAGCAAGGAAGUUUUGUGGAGAUGGCUGCCCGAGUCGGCGAGAUCGCACUUCGACUAGGGCUGCAGCGCCACGUUGAGGGAACGGAUUGUGGCCUCACAGAAGGGGAUUUUGAGUCAAGCAUGAAGGUAGUUAAAGAGUGCAGGGGUAUGGGUGGGACGUUGGAUGCCAUCGGACAAGUGAUUGAGGCAUGCCUCACGCCUGAGAUCCUCAAAGCCAAACAACACCUCAAGUAUGCGUUAUCACUGGCUACUCAAGCCCAGGACAACCAUCUCCGUGCGCUUACGCUUGCUAUGAUCGCGUCGCACUACUUCCACACUGCUGGAGAUCAUGCGCUAGAGAUGCUCCAGACCUGCGAGCAGCUUGCGGCAGGCUUGGGCGCCCCAUCCACGAAGUCGUCGAAAGCUAAGGCAGCAUCGAGAUCAGGAGAAAGCGAGAACGCGGCGUUGGUUCCGGUGGGAAAUGCGCCUCUGGGCCUAUGGGUAGGUGAGCGGUUUUUGGAGUUGUACAGACGCGCAGGAAAGGAGGAUCGGGCGAAGAAGCAAGCUGCAAUUAAUGCACAAUUCAGAGAGGCUGUCCAACGUCUCGCCCGACGUCCGGCGUGUACGGCGGACGACACAUCAACACUCCAGUAG